AUGAAGGAACUUCAAUGCAACGGUCGCCUCCCCUCGAACCGUCCCUCCGGCUGGCCUGUGGACCGUCCUGCUUUGACCAGACCUAGGAGGAGCAAAGACAAGUCCAGUGAGACCCGUCCCAAACCCGGCCAAACCCCGGCCAAAACAUCAGGCCAAACCCCCAGCCAAACCCCGUCAAAGGGACAACCUCAUCCCAUUCCUGCUUUGUUCACUCCAAUCUGUCCAGAACAGAUCACCCUCACCAUCCGACCCGGAAGAACGAUUCCUCACCAUCCACCCAAAACGAGUCUCCCUCACCAUCCACCCCAAAACGAGUCCCUCACCAUCCCAAACUGA